UGGUCCCGGGCCCCUUUUACGUUCUCUCUUCCUAGACAGAUCUUCUCCCCUAGGCUUAAACCCCGAUUCCUACGUCUAGGCCUUUAUUUCGCCCCUUAGCCUUCCUCCAGUUGUGUUGUGGACUCUCGGAGGGAAGGAGCCGCCGCCGCCCGCUCUCUUCCUGUUUCCUCCCACCGUCCUGAGCCUCAAAGAGGAGCUCGUCAAGUGAGGGCCGGCGUGGCUUCAGCAGACGCUACUGAGCGUGCUCGGCUCCGGAGAGCAUGCUCAGUGACAGCCAAGCCGCAAAAUUUCGGACGGGCAGCAGGCUGUAGUAUUUACUGCGCGGAAGGAAGCGCCAGUGGCCGGGCGGUAAACAACAGCCUCCUGGGGUAGGGGCGGGCGGUGUUGCUGCUGCUGCUGCGCCGGGGAGCGCCCCCAUGGAGCGGGCGGCUAGAGAGCAGGGCGACCCCCUCUCUCGAACCAGCGGCCCUAGGGGACCAGUGCUGCACAUCGUGGUGGUCGGCUUCCACCACAAAAAGGGCUGCCAGGUUGAGUUCUCGUAUCCUCCUCUAAUCCCAGGAGAAGACCAUGACAGCCACAAUUUGCCAGAGGAAUGGAAAUACUUGCCUUUCCUUGCAUUGCCAGAUGGUGCUCACAACUAUCAAGAAGACACUGUGUUUUUCCACUUGCCGCCACGAAGUGGAGAAGGAAGCACUGUGUAUGGCGUCUCGUGUUAUAGACAGAUUGAAGCUAAGGCUUUGAAAGUGCGGCAAGCAGAUGUCACCCGAGAAACAGUACAGAAAAGUGUCUGUGUUCUGAGUCAGCUGCCUCUGUAUGGGCUCCUUCAAGCUAAACUGCAGCUAAUUACACAUGCCUAUUUUGAGGAAAAAGACUUCUCACAGAUUUCUAUUCUUAAGGAACUUUAUGAGCAUAUGAAUAGUUCACUGGGAGGAAGCCCCCUGGAAGGGUCACAAGUUUAUCUUGGUCUGUCUCCACGAGACCUUGUCCUUCAGUUUAGACACAAGGUUUUAAUUCUUUUUAAACUGAUUCUUCUAGAGAAAAAGGUUCUGUUUUAUAUCUCCCCCGUGAAUAGGCUAGUGGGAGCACUAAUGACUGUCUUAUCCCUCUUUCCUGGUAUGAUAGAACAUGGCCUUACUGACUGUUCACAGUAUCGGCCAAGAAAGAGCAUAUCGGAAGAUACUGGCCAGCAGGAAGUCCCACCCACUUCAGAUGAUUAUGUUUCUUGGUCUUCUGUGGAUGUUCCAAAUGCAAAUCUGGAAAAAACUGAGAAAGGCCAAAAGUUGUCAGGAAACCAAGCAGGGGACAUACAGAAGGUAGAAGUGCCUUUAUCCCAGAUACAGGCUAGUGGGAAUGAAACUCAGGCCUCCAGAGACGCUGGGCAGCAUUUGAAACCUCCUCGCACUUCACCGGAGUCAUCUGAAAGUGACUGGGAAACGUUAGAUACUAGUGUUCUGGAGGAUCCUGGCUCAAAAGGAGAACAUGAAACAACUUCAGUAGCAGGGCAGAAUGAAAUCCAUUUGAAGGAAUCUACAGUUUCUGAAAGCAUUCCAAUUACUGUGCAACCUCAGGCUAAUACAGGCCACACAAUACUUGUUCCUGGACUUAUAUCUGGUUUGGAAGAGGACCAGUACGGCAUGCCAUUAGCAGUCUUCACUAAGGGGUACCUUUGCUUGCCAUACAUGGCACUGCAGCAACACCACCUCCUCUCUGAUGUAACCAUUCGUGGUUUUGUUGCUGGAGCAACCAACAUUCUCUUUCGGCAGCAGAAGCAUCUAAGUGAUGCUAUUGUAGAGAUUGAGGAAGCUCUGGUUCAAGUCCACGAUCCAGAGCUCAAGAAGGUUUUGAAUCCCACAACAGCUGACCUGAGAUUUGCAGACUUCCUGGUGAAGCAUGUAACUGAGAACAGGGAUGAUGUAUUCCUGGAUGGAACAGGCUGGGAAGGAGGGGAUGAAUGGAUCCGUGCCCAGUUUGGGUCAUAUCUCCAUGCACUGCUUGCUGCUACUCUACAGCCAGAUAGUGAAAAACUAUUGUCGGAUUUUGGAACCACCUUUGUAGCUGCAUGGAAGAACACACACAAUUAUAGAGUGUGGAACAGCAAUAAACACCCAGCUCUUACAGAGGUAAAUCCUAGUCAUCCAUUCCAAGGCCAGUAUUCAGUUUCAGAUGUAAAAUUAAGAUUAUCACAUUCAGUUCAGAAUAGUGAACGGGGUAAGAAGAUUGGAAAUGCUAUGGUUACUACCAGUCGGAAUGUUGUACAGACAGGAAGAGCUGUAGGUCAGUCUGUUGGAGGGGCUCUUACAAGUGCAAAGUCAGCCAUGUCCUCCUGGCUUUCCACUUUCUCCCAGUCGACGCACAGCCUUGGGGAGUGAUCAUGCUGCCGUGGACCAAACCCUGGCACUUCUUUUGAGAGAGAAACCAAAUGGUUCCGCUAACAACGUGCACACGAAUUCAAGCAGCAUGAGGAUGAAGGAUGGCCUUUCAAGCUGUAUCACAGGAUGUCAUUUGCAUCCAUGCCUCCUUGUGUUUUUAAAUCUGAGCCUUUGUAAAGACAAUAGUUAAACGAGCCUUGUCGCAGGAUAGGCUUUAUUUUCCAUUGUAUGCUGCUCCUUGCACCGUGAAGAUGUUUUAUGUAAACUUUGAUGUCUUUUAAACUCCAAAUCUCUAGACUUGUUUUUUUAAACUUCGGAAUACAGUUGGGUUGUAUUCCAGCUUGAAACAGAAAUUAUGCCCCAGAAGCUAACAUUUCAAGACCUAGUUCUAUAUAUACACAUACAUACACUCUAAGUUCCUUUCAUUUCAGUGCAACAUACUUCCACAAACUUGUGCAAAGAGGGAUGUAGCCCAAUACUGCAGUUCUAAGCACCUGUGAGUGAAGUGAAGUAAAAACAAAUUGAAUUUAAAAUAAAGGAGCAAAACUGAGUUCUCAGCUGUGGCCUUAAUACUUUGAACACCAAAUGAAAGCUAAUACCAUGUCUCCGGACUACUAUCAGAAGUUUUGCACCAGUUUCCCCUUUUUACAAACCCAGUCAGCAGCGUUUUAAAUUUUAUCCCAAAGUUAAAUUAAAUUUAGAAAGACAUAGAUAACAAAGAGUCUACAAAGCUUGGCUGAACUACAUGUCUUCCUCCUACCUUCUCCAAGAAGCACUACUUGCUUGGAACAGGUGGCUGGGAAACUUAAUAGAAACUCAGUAAUUCAAGGCCCCACUCGAUUAAUGAAGUGAAUGUAAUUUUUUUGGUUUAAGUGGGGGUACUGUUCGAUUUCAUGUCCCCUUUGGCUUAUGCUGUAUUCCCAUAGUAGGUGUUACUUUCACCACUGAAUACAUAUAACCUCUUUAUAACCUCUACCUCUUUGACAAAGUUAAGCUCCAUGUGCAAGAGUCAGGAGUACAUAAUAAUUUUCUCCCUAGCUGCUAUAGAACUUGCAAUGUGUGGAUCAGCAAAGACUUGAAAAAUGAUUAUUGUAACUAUGUAUUACUUGGUUUGCUGCAAGCUAUGAAUGUAUGUAUUGCAGUAUCAAGAACUAUUCCCCUCUUGCAGUGUGGGCAUCAGGGAAGUUAUACAUAUAGCAACCUAAUUUGGUUUGGGGUAAAAGGGCACUUCUGAGAGCAUGAUUGUCACUUACCAAAAAGAAAUAAAACAAUACCAAGGCUCCCUUCAGUUCUUUUUAUUUUUAACUUACAGUCCCCACCUUCCAGCUCCUCCUAGCUAGCUAUCCUUGUUGAUUUCUCUCCCCUUUCAAACCUUAAAUGGUCCAAAUGGAUGAAGGCCAUAUAAAACUUUUCUUCAAGUUGUGUCCUCUAGAGCUAGACUGCUUACUCGAUCUCCUGAAAACUGAAUAUUCACAGCAUUACAAUAACAGUUUGCUCUGGUACAGACAAUGCAACUUGCCCCAGUCAAAGGUUCCUGCAUUCUGCCCAUGUCCAGAAGGCCUGGUCUGCAGGAGUGGGGGUGGUUGCACUACAGAAGGAUUUUUGUGCAAAAAAUUUGUUUACAGCUAUCACAUGUAAGAGAAAGCAUGUGCAUGUGGUUAACAUGUACAGAUCUAUUGCUUAUAGGGAAUGAAAGCAGUGGACAAUUGUAACAUCUGUAAAUACACUUCUAUGUUAACUCAAGAUACUGUGCACAUCUUAUGCUGUUGAAAUAAUGGUCCUGGGGACAGUGCUGCUCUGAUUAAUCAGCUUCAGGUAGCUUCUGGCAAGCUGUUUUGAGCACAUACUUUUCCAAAAUCAUUCUUUGAAACAGCACGUAGCUAACAUCUUGUAUUCUUCAAAUGAGUAGAGAACUUUCUUCCGCUAGUAGUAAUACACUGCUCUAAUAUGAGCUAAAUUAUGAUUCCGUUCUCUAGCCAGAGUUUACUGUAUUCACGAAAAAACAUUUUUACCAUAAGGUACUGUGUAGAGGUCAGCCUUUUAUUAAAAACCACAGAAUAAGUGCUUAUGCUAUGACAGUCACUGCAAUGGAAACAGGCCAAAACACCUUCUCCAACUACAAAGAAAUCCUUCUAGUUGUAACAUCACCUAACAUAAUGUGCUGGUUUUCCUCUUCCCUUAAAGUGAACACCUUUUUAUAGCUGAUUAAUUUUUAGGCUGCAUAAUGAAGGAUCUGCAGUACCUUUAGAAGAUGGGAUUGUGGUUAAAUGUGUCAUUUAAACAGUUUAAUGUACAACCGUUAAUAGCCACCACCUUGGAGUGAAUGUUCACUAUUUUAUGCACCAUUUAAACAUCUUUAUACUUUUCUGAAAGUAGUCUGGCAGUAUUUAAUUGAACAAGUAAUGGUGUCAGUACAGUUUAAAGUGUUAUAGCAUAUCAUUUUCUGAUAAGAAAAACUGAAAAGCCUGUCAAUCUGUUUUUUGUGCACUACAAGCUACAAAUAAGUACUCAUCAGCUAUAAUAUACACCGGACAAUUGUCAUAAUUACAUAUUGUAGGGUGUGAAUUUGUAAGGUAGCAUACAUGAGUACCAGAAGGCUCUUGUGAAAGUACCACAUGGAUAGUCCAAUAGUUAGGAAUGUGUCUCUCCCUGCCCCCAUUAAUAGCUUCCCCUUGGGCCAUGGUCUAAUUCAGUAGAAACUGCACAUAAGAGUUGAUGCUUACGUAAAACACAUUCAUUGAAAAGAUAAUCAAUUCAACUAAUAUACUGAAGACAGUAGCACUACCAUUCAUUGAGGUGGUAAAAAUAAGAUGUAGCACAAGAUGCUGUUCCAGUUCUAAUCAUGGUUUACAUUGUGAUUUUGCUACUUCUAUUCUUGGAGGGGCAUUUCUCAAAGUUAAGAUAGGGAUCUGGAUCUAGCUAUGCUUUCAGUGACAUUCAUUAAAGGCUGGCUUGUAUAAGUUUCUACAAGGGAUGUAAUUGAGAAUAAGUCGGCAUCUUAUUUAUAUAAAAUGUGGGAUUCAAGAUCUGCUUAAGAACAGGACGGUAUAUGAGCCUAUCCUACCAUGCAAAAUCCACACACCAAAGUGUGUGUGAGCCAGUCCCAAGCAGCAAAACCAUUCAGUCUCCCAAUAUGUGAAUCAGUUACAUGGCCAAUAGUGCAAUCCUAAGACUUGUUCUCAUUAGCAAGCAGAUGUUCAGAACACAACACACUAACUGGUGUGCCAGCACAUUGCAUAGUGUAAUGUUUCAUGGCCACUGCAGGAUUAUGCUGGUUUUCAUCCUACAGUGUUUAGGAUAAGGCUGCUAAAUUGAUAUUUUGUAAGACUUGUUUUGUGUGCUGGUGCUUUCUACUAGAGUUAUAUAUUUGCAUCAUGCACAAUGCAAUUGAUUUUAGAUUUUUAAUAUCUUGCAGUUAUUUAGAAAUGUGUACUCUAUUACUAUUAGAUAGGCUAGAAAUACCUCUACUGCUUAAUUUCUCAGUCCUAUUUCUACUCCAAAUUUAAGACUUCAUCCAUCCUACAAGGCUUGUUUUGAAGUAUACAAAUACCGUAUUUUACGGACUAUAAGACGCACCUUAAUUUUAAUCCAGUUUUUCAGAGUUUUAACAUAUUAAACUGUUAAAACAUAUAAGACGCACCUGAAUUUUGGCGGAUAUUUUUCGAGGAAAAAAGUGAGUCUUAUAGUCCAUAAAAUACAGUAAAUUGACUGCCUAAUCAUGGACUGUGGUGUAAAUUUCCACUUGAUCUUUAAUACUAGCCUCAUGGGAGAAGAGGGUUGAUAAGGUAUUUCAUCUAUUGUCAAUGUGCAAAGUUACUGUAUACAAAAGACUAUUAAUGCUUUUGCUCUAUAUUUUGUUCUAAAGAAAAUAAACAUAGUUCUGGUUUUGCUUGAAUGUA